UUGUCGCCACAUUUAAGUCGGCUAUACUGUCACAUACAUGUAGGAUGCUGAAAAUCGCUCUGCGCGUCAGAGGACGAGAGGAGGGUCUGUUUGCGCGCUCCCGUGCGUGCCCACCUCCUGUUUGCCAUCCGAUCACAGUCCUGUCUAUUCGCUGACUCAGUGCCUUAAGCAGCAUCACAACUCACCUGAACAGAGCUACAGCAUCCUCUGCGGAGAAAUACAUCAGCCAUGGCCAAAACAGCAACCGCAUAUAAAGAGAAGAUGAAGGAGCUGUCUGUCCUCUCCCUUAUCUGCUCCUGCUUCUACCCAGAGUCACGCAACAAGCUUGUGUGUGAGUUUGAAGACAUGGAGGUGAAAGCUAUAAACAAGCGAUCCUCUGGCCAGGCCUUUGAGGUGAUUCUCAAGCCUCUGUCUCCAGUGUCAGAUGUAACCCACAGCCUCCCCUCACCCCCCAAGAGAGAUAUCUCCUUGGAGGACAUUGAGAAGAAACUGGAGGCUGCUGAAGACCGGAGGAAGUUUCAGGAGGCCCAGUUGCUCAGGGCUUUGGCAGAAAAGCGAGACCAUGAGAGGGAAGUGUUGCUAAAGGCCAUGGAGGAGAACAGCAACUUCAGUAAGAUGGCCGAGGAGAAGCUCCAGAUGAAGAUGGAGCAGAUCAAGGAGAACCGUGAAGCCCACCUGGCAGCCAUGAUUGAACGUCUACAGGAGAAGGAGAGACAUGCAGCUUUGGUGCGUAAGAACAAGCUGACAGCAUGAGCCUCACACAAGUCCUGACCUCCAUGGUCCGUCAACGUUCCUCCAUCCAGUCCCGCCCCGCCCUCCUCUGAACAGACACCCAACCCUAUAGAGGCCGAGAGGUUCGAGGACCUCAACACCACAUCACAACACACCACACCACCAGUAUUCACCACUAUCAGUAUAAUCAGUGAAUACAAACAUCAAUAACACACAUCUUGAGAGUUGAAUGGAUUUGUUGAUUUUAGAAAAAAUGAUUGAGAUUAUGGCUUAUUUUGUAAAUACUUUUUUCUUAAAGUCUAUCUAUCUAUCUAUCUAUCUAUCUAUCUAUCUAUCUAUCUAUCUAUCUAUCUAUCUAUCUAUCAUGGUAAGUGAAGUACACACAGUGAUUGUACUGUACUGCACUGUACAAUUUCCAACAUUUUGUUUGUGAUUGAUUAACGUUUCAGUUCUUGAAAUUUGAUUCCACAACCAUUUUCUUGUGAAAGCCGUCAGUGUUGUGAGUUGGCUAUAGAAUGACAUUUUUGCAGUGUUUCCUGAUGAUGUCAUGAUGAUGAUGUUUCUGUGUCUUCGUAAAGAAUGACGGUCGGUGUACUCACACCACAGGCUCCUUCCAGAUAUCAACGUAUCCCAUCUGUAUCUUCCUCAAGCACACCAACACAUUCUCAACAUGCACGCUUGGAACUUAACAAUACGCCAAACUCUACAGAUCUAUAAAGUGUCCACCUCCUCUGAAAUGAGCUUGAUAAUGACCUUGAUAGGUGCUUUAUUGAUAUUGAGAAUGUCUUUGCCCAAAGGGGAGCAACUGUUUAUACACUUGUAGAUUCCCUCUUACUCUGACAGCGCCAUUUCAUAAUGAUUCCAUAUUUAGCUAAAUCAGCAGCUCUGUUACAUACACAGUAUUUGGACAUUAAGCUCUUGAAUGUUAUGACAUUAUACUGGUACCAUGCAUAUUGUCUUGGACAGUGGAAUGUGCUGUUGCUCCCAUCUUGAUAUUGAUAGUGUGAACAUAACGUAUGUAUGUGUGGGUGUGUGUAUGCGAAUUUACCACAAGGCACCAUUAGCCUCUGCUCUCUUUAGGGGAUUAGAUAGAGAAUGAAUGCAGAAUGCUUUACAUUCAGCACACUGAACUAGUCUCUUUUUAAUAUACAGUACCACUGAUAUCUGCCUGCAUCCUCUGCUGCUUGUGUUUCUCCCUUCAUAUAUUUCUCUGUGAAAGCUUUGCUGAAUAAAGGUUUGAGGUUCUGUGAACAUGGCAUGCACCAUCCAAUACAUUCUGUGCUAAAAGAGGAGGGAAAAUGUAAACUGCCAAAUAAAAAGAAUCAGUUAUCUACACAUCCUGAGA